AUGGCCAUGAAUUCAACUUUUAUCCCUGCUGAGCUCCAGCACCUUCUCCCUCUUGACAAUGAAAUGUCCUUUCUGCUGGGAGUCUUGAGUCUGUUGGGUACGGGCAAUGAGGACUUUGUGUAUCCUGAGUUUUUCGAAGUGCUCUCCCAGCAAAACCCCAAUGACAUGAAGCCAUGCCGGGAUGGCAAGAAAUUGGAGGGCACUUAUCCAGGUCUCGUGCAGCGACAAGUUUUACAGCCGUGGACCAACGCAGAAACUCUCAUAGCCUACUACCCACGGUUCGAUCGGUCCGGUUUUCUGCACUGUUUGAGUCUCGAGCAGAAGACGAAGGCAUUUGCAGCGGCAGCUAGAUUGUUUCGAAAGUUCUUCCCUGAACAGCAUGGUGAGACUAGCAUGUAUCUGCAAUGGCUCACUUGCAAAAAGUAUGCAGGCCAUGUUCUCGCCUUGGCUGCGCACUGGGGCAACUUCGAUAGCGACAAUGAGACCCUACGAGUACCAGUAGACUUUGUCUACAUACUACGGCACUGUGCAGGAUACUUUCGUGAAAUCAAUCUUCGGGCCAAUGCUAUUUCCAUGGUCGACAUCGGCUUGAUAAUUAUGAGUACUCAGGACUUUUCUUCAUCACAGGAAUCCAAAUCGGAUCUUGAAUUGUUGAAUGCUGAUUUGCUGAGUAUCCAAGCUUCUGUUGCUAUCCAGCUCGGUGAUCAUGCCACAGCAGCAGUAGCCAAUUCACUGUGUCUCGAACUUCGGAAAGCCAAAGACGCAGGAAGAUACUACAAGACGUAUCUGCUAGACCAAACUUCAAUAAACUUGGCGUCAUUUGGCGCUGCAACGGGUGAAUACGAAGACGCUCUGGAUUUGUGCAAUCUGGUUAUAGCACAGGCCCGCCAGCAUGGAGCUGGAUCCCCUGAAGCUAGAGACGUGGAAAUGCAUGCAGCGACUAUGGCGGGCAAAAUUCACAUCUUACUGAAUGAGUUUGACAAAGCAGAUGACAUGCUCGUUUUUGCGAGUCUCAUCUUCAAUCCUACCUCUGAUAGUCCCGUUUUCAAGCGAGCUGUUGAGCAAGCGCGUGGGACUUUGCGUUAUGCGCAAGGAGAUUUCGUCCAGGCUAGAGACCAUUUUACCAAUUCGAUGCUUCCCCUACAGUAUGGGAAAGUGAUGCACUCGGGGCUGCCGGACCAGGAGCGCACCAUCAGCAUCUACUACAAAUUAGCCGUAAUAGACGUGCAGGAAGGAAAAGCCAGAGGCGCUGCAAUGAAAAUUCGCCUCGCCUUGAAGAUGUGCAUGGGCCCACCCUACUUUAACGUAUGGUAUGGCCUAUUCCACUUGCUCUGGGCACGAGUCCUGAGAAAGUUCCACGAGUUUGCAGCUUGUUCGGCACGCACGGAGAAGGACUUCCCGGAAGAUCAUGACAGAGAAGCAGAAAAAGUGAAGACCGAUUUGGAAUCGAUGGGAUGCCAGAGCGCUACAGAGGAGCAGUUCUUUCAGUUCAUUCCAUGGGAUCUGCGAUGA